AUGGCCCUUGUCGACAAGAUCUUUAAGCUGUCCUACAUUGGAUCCAACCAUGCAGGUUUCGAGGCAGAUUCUUCAGCAGCAGUCCUGACAUCCGAGGCCAAUAAUGAUAUCAAUGACUGCGUUGAGUGGCCCCUUGGAACCAUCCGUAACUCCGGCGAGAAAUCUGGUAAAGCACACAAUACGGUCCAGAUCAGAAUCCUAGCUAAACUGCUUUCCACCGAUGAUGAUAUACUUUGGGUGACCGUCGGAGUGAAGUAUUGUGAGUCAUGGUUAUGGGUGGCACAGAUUAGGUUCAAUGUUGUCCAGGAAUUGCCUUCAUAUGUUGAACCAAAGUUGAUUAACUUUGUCGUCCGGAGCCCGAUGCGCCGGGCUGACAUCUACGAAAAUGGUACAUACGUCUACUGGCUAGAUGUCCACAUUCCGCCUGGAACCCAGUACAAACCACUCAAGAUCGACAUCGCUGGACCCUACUACGAUAAAGCCCUCCUAGAAGUCUGUGUAGCAAAGAUUAUGCACGUCGGUGACAAAAUCAAGGGCUUUAAUGCUUCGAACUUCAAUCCAGAUUUCGUCUCCACUGGUGGGAACGAUAUCAACGACCGGGUUAUAUUUACAUUGGGACAGCUAUCGAAUGUGGGGACGGAAGACGCGGACGAGUUCUGGAUGUUAAAUAUUGUUCGGGUUCAGGUGGUGGUUUCUAUGACUGUGCACAAUACCUCAAUUAACUAUACCAAAACCAGCGCCUCGCCGUACUGCGUUGCUUUCGGAUGUCGCUACGACGCCAAGAAGCUGUGGGUAGGGAGCACGUGCCUAGAGCGGGGCGACAUUAUGCCGGAUAUCGAAAAGGGAGAACCAGAGCCAAAGGUCGAACAAGUGGAACUGAAAAGUUCGCCCAAAGUCAAAUACGGCGAGGCGUUUGGCUACGAGAUUGUCCUGCUGGUUCCCUAUGGGACAACUGCCGUCUAUACCUGUAUGCAGGAUUAG